AUGGACCACUUACUCUCUUUUUCCAUGCAGCAAGACACUCUCACCAGUCUACCCACUUUCACAACUCCAGGAUCGCCUCCACUCGUCCCGGGAGAAAAGACUCCACGUCGUGCUUCAGUCUCUACCCAGACCGCCCGUUCUCCUUCUCCCCCACGCACGCCACCUAGUGAGGAACAGAAGCACGACAUCAAGGCCUACACCGUGUCCCAGGGUGAAUUUGAGUCUGAGAAGCACUUUUAUCCUCGCGUGCUCAAUGCACAGAUCCACCCUCUUGUCCAGUCUUUUUUUACUCUUGGAAAUGACCGUAUCAUCGCCCGAUACACACAUCUCAACCCUCAGGUCAACCCUGAUCUUCUGAAGCAAAUCCUGUCUUACCGUCCAACCCACUUUCAAUGGGCCGGCUCUGACCUUUUCAAUGUAACCACCUCGUCUGGACAGCGCCAGAUGAUCGUUAUCGAGACAAACUCCUGUCCGUCUGGCCAAAAGUCCAUGCCGCUCCUGUCCGAGACUGACGAACAUAAUGAACAGGGAGGCUAUAGGUUGGUUAUCGAAUCUGCAUUCCAAGAACAGCUUUCCAAGGCAGAUCCUUCUCUUGGUGGGUUGGCUGUGGUCUGUGAUAAAAACAUGAUGGAAGCAAGUGGGUACGCGGCUGUUUUGGCUGAUGUUGCCAAAGAACACGUCUGGAUUGCUGAAUGGCACGUUGAUGAUCCUGAUCCCAAUGUCAAAUGGGCCGAUCGUAUUCUAUAUAUCCGAGACCAGGACAAGGUCUGGCAUCCUAUCCGUGCAUGCUUCCGCUACCUCACCCAGAAGCCAUGGAACCGCUUUCCUUUGGUUACAAAGACAGUCGUGAUGAACCAAAUCAUCAGCUGUCUUGCAGGAGGACGCAAUAAGAUGAUGGCUGCCAGAGCUUAUGAUUUUUAUAACUCUGAGCUGGUGGAUUCUGGUCUCAGUAUCCGUACUCCAGAAACAAUCAACAAUGUUACUCGUGGUGAGAUUCCCCUAUGGCUGCAGUCUAUGGGAGGACAUGCUGUACUCAAGGUUCCUUAUUCUAAUGCUGGUCAAGGCGUAUAUACGAUCACCAACAAGCAUGAACUUGAGAACUUUCUCGACCAGGAUCACCAUUAUGACAAGUUUAUUGUACAGUCUUUGGUUGGAAAUGCUUCAUGGUCCAGUAUGUCACGUACUGGUCGUUUCUAUCAUGUCGGGACCAUUCCAAACAAGAAGAGCAAUACAUAUGUAAGCGAUCUUCGUAUGAUGGUUACAGGCAGUGAAAGCGGAUUCAGACCGAUCUGCAUAUACGGAAGAAAAGCCCGUCUUCCCCUGACUUCAAAGUUAGAGCCUGAUGCCAAUACUUGGGAUAUGCUUGGAACCAACCUAUCGGUCAAACUGCCAGAUGGUGGCUGGACCACAGACACAUCACGGCUAAUUUUAAUGGAUCGGAAAGAUUUCAAUCAGCUUGGUCUUGGUAUUGAUGAUUUGAUUGACGCAUACAUUCAAACUGUAUUGGCUGUCAUAGGCAUUGACAGAAUGGCGGUUCGACUGAUGGCCAACGGCAAGUUUGACUACCUGCUUUUCCAGAGUUUAAACCCAGAUAAUGCCCUUCUUAAAGAGAUCCGGGAAGCCAACGAAGACUUUUAGCCUAUAUUUUAUCUUUUUAUCUUUAUCUUUAUCUUUUUUUUUUUUAGUUUAUUCAUGGUUUCAUUUCAUUUACAUACAAGCACCACAAAAAUAUAUAUACAUAUAUAAAUACUUUACAUU